UUUCUAGUUCAUUUUUUUCAUUGAAGUUGUCUUAAAAAAAUCAGAGAUGGCUAAUUCUAUAGAGAAAAAACCACAUGCAGUGUUAACUCCAUUUCCAUCUCAAAGCCAUAUCAAUGCAUUGUUGAAACUAGCAAAACUGCUUCAUCUUAGAGGCUUUCACAUAACAUUUGUCAACACCGAAUACAAUCACAAACGCUUGCUCAAAUCGAAGGGUCCUAAUGCCUUUGAUGAUUUAACUGACUUUACCUUUGAGACUAUACCAGAUGGUUUAACUCCAGUAGAAGGUGAUGGUGAUGUCACUCAAGACAUGCGCUCUCUUUGUAAAUCAAUCAUGAACAACUUCCACCAUUUCUUUGAUGAACUUCUUGCUAGACUUCAUGAAUCUGCCAUUGCUGGUCUUGUUCCACCUGUUACAUGCUUAGUUUUUGAUUAUUACAUGCCAUUUACCAUACAAGCUGCUGAAGAACGUGCACUCCCAGUCCUUCUCUUUUCCCCAACAAGUGCGUGCUCCCUGUUAUCACAUCUGCACACUCGAACAUUGAUUGAGAAAGGUCUAAUACCACUCAAAGAUGAGAGUUAUUGGACAAAUGGUUAUUUAGACACCAAAGUAGAUUGUAUUCCAGGAUUGCACAACUUUCGACUAAAGGAUCUCCCUGACAUUAUCAGAACAACAGAUCGGAAUGAUAUCAGGCUAGAAUUCUUUAUCCAUAUGGCAGAUAGAGUUCCUAGAGCAUCUGCUAUUGUUUUUAACACUUUUACUGAGCUUGAGAGUGAUGUGCUGCAAGCUCUCUCUUCUAUUUUCCCUUCUCUCUAUACCAUUGGACCAUUACCUUCGUUAUUAAAUCAAUCUGGGCAUAAUCACUUAGCAUCUCUAGAUUCUAAUCUUUGGAAAGAAGAUACCAAUUGUCUUGAUUGGCUUGAAUCAAAGGAACAUGAGUCUGUUGUUUACGUGAAUUUUGGAAGCAUUACAGUUAUGACUCCAGAGCAACUGUUGGAGUUUGCUUGGGGUUUGGCCAAUAGUAAGAAAUCAUUUUUGUGGAUCAUUAGGCCUGAUCUUGUCAUUGGUGGCUCAGUGAUUUUGUCAUCUGAGUUUGUCAAUGAAAUUUCAGAUAGAGGCCUAAUAGCAAGUUGGUGUCCACAAGAGAAAGUGUUGAACCAUCCAUCAGUUGGUGGAUUCUUGACUCAUUGUGGAUGGAACUCAACCACCGAAAGCAUAUGUGCUGGAGUUCCAAUGUUGUGUUGGCCAUUUUUUGCUGAUCAGCCAACAAACAGUAGAUUUAUUUGCAAUGAAUGGGGGAUUGGAAUGGAAAUCAAUUCUAAUGUGAAGAGAGAAGAAGUGGGGAAGUUGAUCGAUGAAUUGAUGUUGGGAGGUAAUGGGAAAAGGAUGAGGAAAAAGGUUAUGGAGUUGAAGAAGAAGGCAGAGGAGAACACUAGUCCAGGUGGCUGUUCUUACAUUAAUUUUGACAAAGUUAUUAAGGAAGUUUUGCUUCAACAAUACUAAAUAUUGAAGUGCUUUAUAUUAGGAAAUGUGGUUAUGUAUUCAUCCAUUUGCUAUUGAACUUGUUUGAUUGUAUCGAUGCAUUUAGGGAGAGGUGUUAGUUAUAUUUAAUAUGUAACUUUACAAACAAGAUUUAUUAUGUUAUUAAUGUUUAAGAGGUUUGUUAGUUAGUUUAAUGGUAAUUGGUGCUACAUUUGAUAGGAAUAUCGGAAGAUAGCUGAAAUUACUUAUGUUAGAAUUUAUCUCGAUUCAGAUUAGACAGUCCAAUAAAUUGGAUGUGAAACAAAAAAAAGUAAGAGGCAUAGGUUUAUUGGUUAGAGUUUAAUAUUGUAAUCUUGUGAACAAGUUCAAAUGUCAUACAUGAUAGUUGUGGCUGUAUGUUAAUUUUUUUUCAUUGAAUAUUUAGUGACUAUAACACUUAUGACCACAUGAA